AUGGCCGCCGCCGCCACCGCCUUCUUUCCCUCCAUCCCGAGUCCUCGGCCCCGCCUCGCCGCCGCCGUCCGCCGCCCUCCGCCCAUCUUCACCGGCGCCACUGACGCCGUGCCGCCGCCGGAGGACGAGGACUCCAGCGACGACGACGCCGGCGCCUCGCCACGCAGGAGCGGCCGCAAGGACCGUCGCCACGCGGUGCGCAUCGCGUGGGAGAAGCUAGUCCGGUGGUCCCGCUCCUGGCGCCGCCGCAACCGCAGCGACGUCCUCGAGACCACGCGCAAGGUGGUGGUUCUCGGGGGAGGGUCGUUCGGGACGGCCAUGGCAGCUCAUGUGGCGGCCAAGAAGGCCGAUCUAGAGGUGGCAAUGCUGCUCAGGGACGACCUCGUCUGCCGGUCCAUCAACAACAGACAUGUCAAUUGCAAGUACUUAGCAGAACACAGAUUGCCAGAAAAUAUUGUCGCAACAACUAGUGCUGCUGAUGCUUUAGCAGGAGCUGAUUUCUGCUUCCAUGCUGUUCCGGUUCAGUUCAGUUCAUCCUUUCUUGAAAGUAUUUCGACACAUGUUGAUCCAAAGUUGCCAUUCAUAUCACUUAGCAAAGGGUUGGAACUCAAUACCCUUCGGACAAUGUCUAAAAUCAUCCCACGAGCAUUGGGAAAUCGCCGCCAACCAUUUGUUGUUCUGUCAGGACCAUCAUUUGCUGCAGAGUUAAUGAACAAAUUGCCUACAGCAAUGGUGGUGGCAUCCAAAGACAAGAAGUUGGCAAGUUCUGUUCAACAACUGUUAGCUUCCCCAAAUUUGAGGAUAAGCACAUCAAGUGAUGUUACAGGAGUAGAAAUUGCAGGUGCCCUGAAGAAUGUUCUUGCAAUAGCUGCAGGUAUAGUGGAAGGUAUGAGUCUUGGAAAUAACUGUAUGGCUGCCCUUGUUGCUCAAGGCUGUUCAGAAAUACGGUGGUUGGCAACGAAGAUGGGAGCAAAGCCAACUACUCUUUCUGGUUUGUCUGGGUCUGGUGACAUCAUGCUUACAUGUUUCGUCAAUCUUUCACGGAAUAGAACUGUGGGACUACGCCUUGGUUCUGGCGAAACGCUUGAUAAAAUCAUGAGUUCUAUGAACCAGGUUGCUGAAGGUGUAUCAACUGCUGGGGCUGUCAUUGCGUUGGCUCAGAAGUACAAGGUCAAAAUGCCAGUCUUGACAGCAGUAGCACGGAUAAUUGAUAAUGAAUUAACUCCAAAUAAGGCGGUUAUGGAGUUAAUGAAUCUUCCUCAGGUGGAGGAAGUCUAA